AUGACUACACUCAAGAUCUCAUGGCCGGAAAAGCAGGAUAUGCGACGUGUACAGCUCGCUGCUGUACAUGAAUCACUCCAAUCGCUUGAUGGUCGUACGCCUUUUGAUCCUCGUGCAUUGCGUUAUCGUGAUUUAAACGAUUACGUUCGUUACUUUGUUUUUCCUGAGCUUCAGCAUGCAUCUCGACAUGAAUUAUUUCUUUACUAUAUGGAUGAUGAUAAUGAACGAGUUCGUAUUACAAAUGAUGCAGAAAUGGAAGAAGCUUUUCGUCUUAUGCGGGAGCUGGCGAUUGCAGCUGGAAAGAAUGCAGAAGAGAAUGCCGUGUGCAAGAUUAUUAUUGUGGUGAAACCGUUGGAAUCUUUGACUCGUAGCAAUAUGAACAAUUGUAGCAAGAAAGCGGUCGAGAGUGUACUACCUAGUGAUGUCGACAAGAUGUUGGCAAAUCAACAGAAGAAGAAAAUGUCGGAGUUGUUUGUAGAUCUUGUCAAGGUGGUUGAAAAGUGGAGUGCUAGUGGUGAACAUCAGACGUUGAAGAAAGAUCUUGUCUCUUUAUUGCACGAGCCUGGAUGUCAAGAGGCAUUGAUGGAAAUUAUGGCUAAUCCAAAGUUUGUAACGCAGUUUCAGACUAUGACGGAGGAAUUUAAGAAAAAUGGUAAUUUUAUGGAAUGUCUAGUAGCUGUUUCUGGAAGUGGAGAUGUCGAAGAGGUUGCCAAGAUUUUGCUGGCAAAGUGUCCCAGUGCGCGUGUGCAAGUGGAGCGAGUGCUUCAGCACGUGCAAUAUAGUCACAAUGCACAGCUCAUGUCGGCUAGUGACUACUUUGAAACGAUUAGCAUGGAAGAGACCAAGCAGGAUUUGGGUCCAGUUGUGGCAGUGUUUGAAGGUGAUGUCACGUGCCCAGACGGCACGGUAUUGGCGCCAGGAGAGGCUUUUGACAAGGUGUGGAAAUUACGCAACGGUGGUCCCACCAAAUGGCCGAUUGGCGCAGUGCUUUCGUGCGUGGGUGGUGACAAGAUGCAAGCACCUGAGAGUGUACUGAUUCCGUCGGUUUUACCUGGCAAGUCUAUUGAUGUGUCAUUGCGCAUGGUGGCACCAGCAAAGGCUGGGCGGUACACUGGUUACUGGCGUUUGAGCACCACUGACGGCAAUCGCUUUGGACAGCGUCUUUGGGUGGAUAUCAACGUGAUGGAUCCGGAAGAACCUAUUAUUACUGACACAAAAGAGACUGUUGAUGCUUCUGCUCCGGUCCGUUUGCCGACGAGUGAUGAGGCCUCUACCGUCUCGGCACCUGCUACGGUGGUGACGACCGAGUCGAAGGAGGAGGAUCUUCGAUGGACAAACCUGCUGCUUGUUCUGGCUGACAUGGGUUUCACGGACGACGCGCGCAACGUGGCUUUACUAUCGGAGCACAAUGGGGACAUGGAAGCUGUUAUCACGAGCCUGUUGAGCUCCGCUUGA